GUAGAACAUCGCGCAUGCGCUCCAUGGGCGAAAGGCUCGGGAGAACUGGUAACAGAGUGGUACAAACCAACCAUUGGCCUGAGCAGGAAAUUUUUUACACGGCCUGAAAACUGUGCAGCAUUUUAAAUUGAUAUUAUAUUUGAAAAAAACAUCCAGCUUGCAGCAACAAAACCUAUGUGCAUGGGAACAUUUCAGUUACUGUGUGGUCUCACACCCGUGCACCUUAGAGGCAACAGUGAAUAAUACUAAUGGAGAGAGUCGAACUGAGCCAAGUCACAGGUUGAAGAUAGGCUGAAGCUGUCUGUCGUGAUGCAGACAGGAAGACUGUCAGAGCAUUUGAUGGUCAGUCCAGAUGCCUGAUUUGUGCUCAGUUAGAAGAUGACUUCUUCCCCUAACUUGAGCUGAACCUUGCUGUAACAGUGUGAUGUCAGAGGUUUGCUGUCUCUGUCCAGAUAUUUAAGGAGUGACCAGAUAUUUCCUUUGUGACACCAAUAUAUCAGUUGUUGAUCCUUGAGGUGAGGAAGUAUCUCAUCCCAGCCGGAAACGGGCUUUGUCCCUGAAAUGAAGUUUUCUGUUGUAAUUCAGUGAAAUCCACUGGAACUGGGGUGCUGAGAACACACCAGCAUUUGUUCACCGGAGAUCAGUUCUUCAACUGCAUUGACUGUGUGAGGGAUUUACUAUACCUGACAAUGAAUUGCCAGAGAAUUGAUAGAGAACUGUGAGAAAGGAUUCACCCACUCAUCCCACCUGCAAACACACCAGCAAGAUCACACUGAGGAGAGGCCUUUCACCUGUUCUGAUUGUGGGAUGGGAUUCACUCAAUCAUCCAAAGUACAGAGACAACAACAAGUUCACACUGAGGAGAGGCCAUUCACCUGUUCUGUGUGUGAGAAGGGAUUCACUCACUCAUCUCAACUACUGGCACACCAGUCAGUUCACACUGGGGAGAGGCCGUUCACCUGUUCAGACUGUGGGAAGGGAUUCACUCGGUUGUCUCAACUGAAGGUACAUCAGCGAGUUCACACUGGGGAGAGGCCGUUCACCUGCUCAGACUGUGGGAAGGGAUUCACUCAGUCAUCUCAACUACUAGCUCACCAGUCAGUUCACAAUGGUGAGACACCAUUCACCUGUUCAGACUGUGGGAAGGGAUUCACUCGGUCAUUUCUACUGAAGGUACAUCAACGAAUUCACACCGGGGAGAAGCCAUUCACCUGCUUAGACUGUGGGAAGGGAUUCACUCAGUCAUCCCAACUACAGAGACACCAGUCAGCUCACACUGGGAAGAGACCAUUCACCUGCUCAGACUGUAGGAAGGGAUUCACUCAGACAUCUGACCUCCUGGCACACCAGCGGGUUCACACUGGAGAGAGGCCAUUCACUUGCUCUGAAUGUGGGAAGGGAUUCACUCACUCAUCCAGCCUACAGAGACACCAGCGAGUUCACACUGGAGAGAGGCCAUUCACCUGCUCAGACUGUGGGAAGGGAUUCAGUCAUUCGUCCAGCCUACAGACACACCAGCGAGUUCACACUGGGGAAAGGCCUUUCACCUGUUCAGACUGUGGGAAGGGAUUCACUUGGUCAUCUCUACUGAAGGCACAUCAGCGAAUUCACACUGGAGAGAAGCCGUUCAUCUGCUCAGACUGUGGGAAAGGAUUCACUCAUUCGUCUGACCUGCUGGCGCACCAGCGAGUUCACACUGGGGAGAGACCAUUUAUCUGUUCACAAUGUGGGAAGGGAUUCACUCAGUUAUCCAACCUACACAGACACCAACGAGUUCACACUGGGGAGAGGCCAUUCACCUGCCCACACUGUGGGAAGGGAUUUAUUCAGUCAACUCAACUUCUGGCACACCAGUCAGUUCACACUGGGGAGAGGCCAUUCAUGUGUUCAGACUGUGGGAAGGGAUUCACUCAGUCAUCUCAACUGAAGGUACAUCAGCGAAUUCACACUGGGGAGAAGCCUUUCACCUGCUCAGACUGUGGGAAGGGAUUCACUCAAUUAUCCACCAUACAGAGACACCAGCGAGUUCACACUGGGGAGCGACCGUUCACCUGUUCUGUGUGUGGGAAGGGAUUCACUCAGUCAUCCAGUCUACAAAGACACCAGUCAGUUCACUCUGGGGAGAGGCCAUUUACCAGCUUUGAGUGAGGGAAAGGAUUUACUCAGACAUCUCAACUACAGGCACAUCAAUGAAUUCACACUGGGGAAUGUGUGUUCACCUGCUCAGACUGUGGGAAGGGAUUUACUCAUUCAACCUACAGAGACACCAGUGAGUUCAUACUGGGGAGAGGCUGUUCACCUGUUCUGCUUGUCAAAAGGGAUUCACUCAGUCAUUUGAACUGAAGCUACAUCAGUGAGUUUACACUGGGGAGAGGCCAUUCACCUGCUCUGAAUGUGGGAAGGGAUUCACUCACCCAUCCCACUUUGUGAAACUACCGAGAUCACACUAGCAAAAGUUUAAGAUGCAUACUGGAUAUUUAACCAUCACAUAUGCUGAAUCCAGAGUUAAGUUCAAAUCUGUUGGUGUCGAACUCUGCAAUUAUUGCUGCUGUUCAUCAAACCCAGUUCUGCAUCCUGGUCACUGGGCAUGGGAGGAGUUUCUUCUGCUGGUGUUCACCUUUAAUGGGACCAGAGUUUAAUAUUCUGGAUCUGUGACUAAUAAAUUGGUUCUAUUUUAAAUUUUGUCUCAGAUGUUUAGUGAAUCUACAACACACCCAGUGUACAGUAGAGAGUCAAACGUACACUCCAGCUGGACUAAUAGAAUAUACCAAAGUAUGAAAGCAGAAUUGAAUUGAAUUGAAUGAUCUUUAUUGUCAUUAUACAUAGGUACAAUGAAACUCUGUUUGGCUUCCUCUCAGGCAAUUAAAUAAAGCAGUAGAUAAAAACAAGACAGUAAUAGAAAAACAGUAUUAAAUAGAUAAGUAGCAGACAAUAAUUUGUAGCAGCACCAGAAUAUCACAGUAAUGCACAAAGUGCUGUUAGUGCAAUUAUUUGAGUCCUUGUGUGUGGUCACCGUUUCAGUCAUUGUUCUGUGGGAGUGGUGUGAUGGAGGCCACAGCUCUGGGAUAGAAGCUGUUCCUCAGUCUACUUGUUCUGGCUUUUAGUGUCCUGAACCUUUUGCUGGACGGCAGUGGGUCAAACAGGGAGUGGCCGGGGUGUGUGGUGUCUCUGGUUAUGCUGAUUGCUUUCCUCCUGACUCUGCUGGAAUAGAUGGUGUUCUGUCCUGACAAUUCGCUGGGCCGCCUUCACCACGCGAUGUAGGUCUUGUCACUCAGCGGCUGUGCAGCUGGCAUACCACACUGUGGUGAUGUUGGUCGGGAUGGUUUCAAUUGUGCUUCCGUAGAAGUUAAGCAACAGCUUUUGUGGAAGUUUGGCCUGUUUCAGCUUUCUGAGGAAGAAGAGUCUUUGUUGUGCCUUUUUUACAAGCAGCGAGGCGUUGGUGGUCCAUGUCAGCUGUUUUGACAACAUAACUCCAAGGAACUUUUGGUUUUCCACACUUUCCACUACCUCUCCAUGUAUAUGGAGGGGUGUGUGUACUCUGUCCUUUGAUCUCCUGAAGUCAAUGAUAAUCUCUUCUGUUUUAGAAGUGUUAAGGACCAGGUCGUUGUCCUUACACCACUCCGUCCGAUGAUCCACCUCAAGCCUGUAGGCUGAUUCAUCCUCGUCCAAGAUCAGGCCAACCGCUGUGGUAUCGUCCACAAAUUUAAUUACGGAGUUGGGGGUGCAGUCAUGUGUAAAGAGUGUGUAGAGCAUAGGGCUCAGCACACAGCCCUGCGGGGUGCCUAUUUUUAAGAUGAGAGUGGUGGAGGUGUGCUUACCAAUUCUGACUUGGUGUGGUCGGUCUGUGAGAAAGUUCAUGACCCAUGAGCACAGGGAGGAACCAAGGCCAAGAGUGUUCAGUUUGCUGACCAGUUUAUUGGGGGUGACUGUGUUAAAUGCAGAACUGAAGUCCACAAGUAACAUCCUCACAUAAUGAAGAACAAUUAGUUGGAUGUUCAAUGGAGCAGAGUCAGAAACCAGAGACAGGUCAGCAUGGGCAGAGUUUGGGGCUCUGCAUGGAGGUAGGGGUAAGAACGGAUGAUGAUGAGCAGGGAAACAACAGGGAUGUAGUAAGGAAUGACAGAGUAGCAACAUUUGGAAGCUGAUUGACAGAGAAAAAAAGUUUGAUUUUGACUGCUAACAUUAAGUAUAUUGCUUGUGAGAGCUUAUGUUGCAUAAUUAAGGAUAAUAAGAUGAUUUGGUCAUUGAAUACGUGGCUGAGGAACUGGUGCAGAGGGCAUGACCGGUGAUUCUAGCCAUGACCAACCUGUCAAAGCAUUUCAUCACCAUAGAAUAACUAUCAAGACGAAACUGUAAGAAAUGUGCUUACCAAAGGAAUACGUGACUGCCAGCACCCGUUGUACUGAACAUCGUACAAGAAUAACGAUGUAGCGGAGAUGAGUUGAUCACAGACGGCAGACUGCAACAAAUGAGUCGGUUGAUGAUUGGAAGGACUGAGUUCGCUGGAAAUAGUAAACUUGCCCUGUUCUUUAUGUACAAAAAGAAUGCUUUGUAAAUAGCGUAUUGGAUGUCUCCCACCAUCCCUGGCGAAAGUGAAUGUAAACUUCCUUUUGCAAGGAAUAAAGGCGCUUGACAAAGAUUCACUGAAUUGGUAUUGUGUUUUGUGAAACUUAGUAGAGAGAUAACAGAUUUUUGAGGUUCCACCAAGAUUUUUGGUUGAGGUGUGGUAGCGAUGUUUGGAAUUCCAUAUGACUGAACUGCUAUAUGGAAAUUCCCUGGGAGUAGCGAUCAAC